ACACGUCACUUAGGAACGCCGCCCUUAGCAGCAGCGGGGGUGGGGGUCUUCGUUCUGGGGCAGGGCGGCGCGAGGCCCGGUCGCUACCCUGGGCCCGCGGCUGCGCCAUGAACAGCGUGGGGGAGGCCUGCACGGAGCUGAAGCGCGAGUAUGACCAGUGCUUCAACCGCUGGUUCGCCGAGAAGUUCCUCAAGGGGGAGAACGCGGGGGACCCCUGCGGGCAGCUCUUCAAGCGCUACCAGCUCUGCGUGCAGAAAGCUAUUAAGGAGAAAGACAUACCCAUUGAAGGGCUGGAAUUCAUGGGUCCCAGUAAAGGAAAAGCUGAAAAUGCCUCCUGACCUUGUUUGGGCAUAUUGUGCCAUUACAAUGACAUUUUGGACUUGGAAAAAGAACCUCACAAAGACUAGAAGAUUGCCUUGGAUUAGCUGCUGUUUCUGCCUGGCUUUUUAAGAAGCAAGAAGUCUUUUCUGCACUUUCUUUCAGCUAGGUUGUGUGGCAAUUACUGCUUCAUCUUAAAUGAAUGUUGUUGGUGGUCUGGCAUCAUGUGGUGUGUGAAAAGCCUUUUUAUCAAUCUAUGAUCAUCAGUGAAUGUACUCUCAACAGGGGAAUAUUUAUUGAAAGGGGUUUAGAUAUUAGCUGGUUUAUAAUCAGUUGCUUUAUUUAUAUUAGCAUUUAAAAUUGUCUAAAAUUAAUGUGAAAGGGGUUAAUUUACUUUUAGGGGAGUGUGCUGCUGGAUUUUUAUUGGGAUAGAGUUGGCUUCAGUUUUCCUGAAAACUGAUGUGCUACAGCUUUGCUUCAUAUUGUGCAACUUUAGUGGUGUCAUAGAAGUACUACUGCUAGAGUUGCAAUUAUUUUUGUUUGAACACACAAGGUGUUAUUUUAAUAUAGAAUACACAUCUGUUAAGUAAAGUUAUGCUUGACUAAAUGAGACAACUGUCCAAUUAAACCUGCGUGUGCCCUUUAAGAUGGAAAGGGGACAGCCUGUCCCAGAAGUGAACAAGAGCAACUGCUUUCAGAAGGUACUUUCAACAGCCUCAGGCACUCUGUGCAGAGUUGAAAGGCACUGAUGCAACCUUGAAUUUAACUCUAUGCUACUGAAUGGCUGUUGCCCCAUCAAUAAAGCUUCAACAGCAAUUCAAUUACACUUCAGUUGUCCUCCUCCAACAGGCACCCCCUACGUGCCCAAAAACACUCCACAGAUUAGCCUCAAAAUCAUGAAGUUAGAUGUCAGCUUAAGUUAGAUACUUGAAUUAGACAAGGGAUUCCUGCCUUAUGACACCCUAAAACAGUACCCAGCUGCCAGUUGGAAAUUUGUCUUCCUGCUUUGUAAUAAGAAAUCUGAAAGGAGAGGGAGAAAUUCAACUUUAUAAUAUAUCUCUGCAUGAAAACUAAUGUCCUAAACCAAAAUUUAGCUGGCUGAAAUCUGAUUUCAAGAGUUAUUGAAAUUUUGAUUUAGUAAUAUCAGGAACUGUUGAAUGGUGAUCUUAGUGUAGCAUGUAAAGGAUUAGUCAAGAACUAAGCUUGUUUUCCAAAUUUCUUUAGAGACUUUUGUUUAGCCCUCUUCCUUACAGCAAUGCACCUUGCCCUCUAGCCUUCUUACUGAAAAAGACUUUUCCGUAGGGAGGCUCUGGAUAGUGGGUUUUUUUUUAACUCAAGUCAACCUGAAGUCUAUGAAAAACAAAGCUUCCUGCUCCUGCCCCAGCCCUUCCUCCCUAAAUCCCUCUGGAGAUCUUCAAGAAUGGAUUUUUUUUCUGCAGACCUUAAUGUAACUGGAGAAAGCAAGAGGUGUGGGGGACUCAGAACAGCAAUUAGUUUCCCCCUUCUCUGAGCCUAAGGUUUGCAAAAGGAGAAAGUCCCUCCGCCCCCAGAGCCUUAUGAAAGAGUUGAGGGAGGGAGUUUCCUCCCCAUUCACCCAUCAUGAGCACAGGGAGCAGCUGAAGGAGUGAGAAAAGGAGUCUCCUCUAUUGAUAUUGCUUCUCCUCUCCACUGGAUGUGUUAAAAACCAUUGCCAUUCUUUUGGACCAUAGGAGGGUUUCAGUCCUUUGGAAAUGAGUGAGUUAAUAGGACAGGAGCUCUCUUCCUAGGCUCUAAACAUGGGGGAAAAACAUUUCUUAAUGAGACUUUUUGUAAGAAGUGGAGCUGCUUUAUUACAGACCAGAGGAGAACUGCAGCUACAGUACUCUGGUACAAAGGAUGAUUCAUGAGACUUUUGACCAACCAAUGAAAGCAGACUUAUUUCUUGGACUUUCUGGAGGCUGCAGUGUGCCUACUGUUGUAGGUCACUAGAGUUUGCAGAAACUGAGUUUUUGUUUACUAGUCCUCAUAACAAUUUUUAAAAACUCAUUAAAGAAAUUUCCAUAACUUCAGUAAGAUGGAAUUAAUAUUUCAGCUAUUUAAUUGCUGUAAGUACAUACUACCAUUAAAAAACCUCCAGAAAAUACAGUUAAGGUUGUAGUUCUCAAACAAGGUCCCUGAUCUAUCUUAACUGCCCCUAGUGAUGCUCUGAUCAUAGUGAACUGUAAUAUUAUGGUCAUUGAGCUAAUGAAACUUCUGAAUACAUAACAUUUAGAAUACCUUAAGGGGCUGUAUGGCCAUAUAUAACACCCCAA